GUGUUUGCUACUAAGUAUCAGCCGCGAAAAAGCGCCCGGGUUUUAGACGAAUCGUACGGUUUGCUUCCACUUCCUCCCCAGACUGCAACGUUACUGAAGGGUGGAGUUUUUGCACCGUCUGUGAGGAUCGGGGCAGGGAAGGAGCAGAGAAAGAGCAAAAAAUUACCAUCUGACACACACCAGCGCUUGGACCAUCGCUUGAAGCUGGGGACGGGGAAAUUUUAUCCGCUGUUUCGAUUUCGAGUAGGGGGACGACGAGCGUGAGCAAACGAGGAGAAAGGAGCCGGGUUACGGAGACCCCCAGAAGGUGACGCUGAAGCGGGAGGCCGUCUCCCAUCCAGAAGAGAUUUCAUCAGGUUCAGUGAGCGAGCUGAGAGCCAGAAGCAGACAUGGUGGCGCUGUCGCUGAAGAUCGGUGUGGGGACCGUGGUGAAGACCAUGCAGUUCGAGCCUUCCACCAUGGUGUACGAUGCCUGCCGCAUCAUCCGGGAGAGGGUGCCGGAGGCGCAGUGCGGCCAACCCAACGACUAUGGCCUGUUCCUGUCGGAUGAGGACCCAAAGAAGGGCAUCUGGCUGGAGGCCGGGAAAGCCCUCGACUAUUACAUGCUCAGGAACGGGGACACCCUGGAUUACAAGAAGAAACAGCGGCCCCUGAAAAUCCGCAUGCUUGACGGGACAGUUAAGACCGUCAUGGUGGACGACUCCAAAAUCGUCAGCGACAUGCUUAUGACAAUCUGUGCGAGGAUAGGUAUCACAAACUAUGAUGAGUACUCACUGGUGCGCGACAUCGGGGAGGAGAAGAAAGAGGAGACCACAGGCACGCUGAAGAAGGACAAGACACUUUUACGAGAUGACAAGAAGAUGGAAAAGCUCAAGCAGAAGUUGCACACAGAUGACGAACUGAACUGGCUCGACCAUGGACGGACACUCAGGGAGCAAGGUGUGGAGGAAACAGAGAUGCUUCUCCUCAGGAGGAAGUUCUUCUAUUCUGACCAGAACGUGGACUCCAGGGAUCCCGUCCAGCUCAACUUGCUUUACGUGCAGGCCCGAGACGACAUCCUGAAUGGCUCCCAUCCAGUUUCCUUCGAUAAGGCCUGCGAGUUCGCUGGAUACCAGUGCCAGAUCCAGUUUGGUGAUCACAAUGAGUCCAAACACAAACCCGGAUUCUUAGAUUUGAAAGAGUUUCUCCCAAAAGAGUAUGUCAAGAACAAAGGAGAGAAAAAGAUCUUUCAGGCCCACAAAAACUGCCAAAAUAUGACAGAAAUUGAAGCCAAAGUUAACUAUGUUAAGCUUGCCAGGUCCCUGAAAACAUACGGAGUGUCAUUCUUCCUUGUGAAGGAGAAGAUGAAAGGCAAGAACAAACUGGUCCCCCGCCUGCUGGGCAUCACCAAGGAGAGCGUGAUGCGGGUGGACGAGAAGACCAAGGAAGUGAUCCAAGAGUGGAGCCUGACCAACAUCAAGCGCUGGGCCGCCUCGCCCAAGAGCUUCACCCUGGACUUUGGAGAUUACCAAGAUGGAUACUACUCUGUCCAGACGACUGAGGGGGAGCAGAUCGCACAGCUGAUAGCCGGCUACAUCGACAUCAUCCUCAAGAAGAAAAAGAGCAAGGACCACUUUGGCUUAGAAGGAGAUGAGGAAUCCACAAUGCUGGAGGAUUCUGUGUCCCCCAAAAAGUCGACUGUCCUCCAGCAGCAGUUCAACAAGGUGGGGAAGGUAGAGACCGGCUCUGUCGCUUUACCCGCCAUCAUGCGGUCCGGCGGCGUCGGCCCAGAGAGCUUCCAGAUGGGCUCCAUGCCUCAGGCCAAGCAGCACAUCACCAGUGGACAGAUGCACAGGGGCCACAUGCCACCGCUGACGUCUGCUCAGCAGGCCCUCACGGGCACCAUCAACUCCAGCAUGCAGGCCGUCCAGGCGGCCCAGGCCUCCCUGAAUGAGUUCGACGCUCUCCCUCCCCUGGGCACCGACGCUGCCUCGCAAGCGUGGCGCAAGAACAAAAUGGACGAGUCGAAGCACGAGAUCCACUCGCAGGUGGAUGCCAUCACGGCAGGAACCGCAUCUAUGGUCAACCUUACAGCAGGUGACCCAGCGGAGACUGACUACACCGCCGUGGGCUGCGCUGUCACCACCAUCUCCUCCAACCUGACGGAGAUGUCCAAGGGUGUGAAGCUCCUGGCUGCCCUCAUGGAGGACGAAGGUGGCACUGGGCAGCAGCUGCUGGGGGCGGCCAAGAACUUGGCUUGUGCUGUAUCGGACAUGCUGAAGACUGCCCAGCCGGCCAGCAGUGAGCCUCGUCAGAACCUCCUCCAAGCUGCCGGCAACGUGGGUCAGGCUAGUGGGGAGCUGCUGCAGCAGAUAGGCGAAAGUGACUCAGACCCCCGAUUCCAGGACAUGCUGAUGCAACUGGCCAAAGCUGUGGCCAACGCCGCCGCAGCCCUCGUGCUCAAGGCCAAGAACGUGGCCCAGAAAGCAGAGGACUCCGCCCUGCAGAACCGCGUGAUCGCUGCUGCCACCCAGUGCGCCCUCUCCACCUCCCAGCUGGUGGCCUGCACCCGGGUGGUGGCCCCCACUAUUAGCUCGCCUGUGUGCCAGGAGCAGCUGAUCGAGGCAGGCAAACUGGUGGCCAAGUCAGUGGAGGGCUGUGUGGAGGCAUCGCAAGCUGCCACCAGCGAUGAGCAGCUGCUGAAGCAGGUGGGCGUGGCCGCCACCGGUGUCACCCACGCCCUGAACGAGCUUCUGCAGCACAUCAAGCAGUACGCCACUGGGGGGCAGCCUAUCGGCCGGCACGGCGAGGCCACUGACCGCAUCCUGGAUGUCACCGAGAACAUCUUCAGUUCCAUGGGUGAUGCUGGUGAGAUGGUCCGACAGGCUCGCAUCCUCGCGCAGGCCACCUCCGACCUGGUCAACGCCAUCAAGGCCGACGCCGAGGGGGAGUCGGACCUGGAGAACUCCCGCAAGCUUCUCUCCGCCGCCAAGCUGCUGGCCGACGCCACAGCAAAGAUGGUGGAAGCCGCCAAGGGCGCGGCUGCUAACCCUGACAGUGAGGAGCAGCAGCAGAAGUUGCGGGAGGCGGCAGAAGGCCUGCGUAUGGCCACCAACGCUGCAGCGCAGAAUGCAAUCAAGAAGAGGCUGGUCAACAAGCUGGAGAAUGCAGCCAAGCAGGCGGCUGCCGCAGCCACGCAGACCAUUGCAGCAGCACAGCAUGCGGCCUCAUCUAACAAGAACCCAGCCGCGCAGCAGCAGCUGGUGCAGAGCUGCAAGGUGGUUGCAGACCAGAUCCCCAUGCUGGUCCAGGGGGUACGAGGCAGCCAGUCACAACCGGACAGCCCCAGCGCCCAGCUGGCCCUCAUCGGAGCAAGCCAGAACUUCCUACAGCCUGGAGCGAAGAUGGUGACAGCCGCCAAGGCCACCGUGCCGACCAUCAGUGACCAGGCGUCCGCCAUGCAGCUCAGCCAGUGUGCCAAGAACCUGGCCAAUGCCCUCGGGGAGCUGCGUACCGCCGCCCAGAGGGCACAGGAAGCCUGUGGCCCCCUGGAGAUCGACAGCGCCCUCACUGUGGUGCGUGGCCUGGAGAGGGACAUGCAGGAGGCCAAGACAUCGGCCGCGGAGGGGAAGCUCCGCCCACUGCCCGGGGAGACGUUGGAGAAGUGUUCCCAGGACCUGGGUACCAGCACCAAGGCUGUCAGCUCCGCCAUUGCCCAGCUGCUGAGCGAGGCCACCCAGGGCAACGAGAAUUACACCGGCAUCGCUGCACGCGAUGUGGCCCAGGCCCUGCGCUCCCUGGCCUCGGCUGCCCGCGGCGUUGCUGCCAACACCGCCGACCCCCAGGCUCGCAAUGCCAUGCUGGACUGCGCCAGCGAUGUCAUGGACAAGUCAGCCAACCUCAUUGAGGAGACCAAGAGGGCCAUCGCCAAGCCUGGUGACCCUGACAGCCAGCAGAGGUUGGCCCAGGUGGCGAAGGCUGUGUCCCAGGCCCUGAACAGAAGCGUGAACUGCUUGCCUGGUCAGCGGGAUGUGGACAACGCCAUCAGAACAGUUGGCGAGGCCAGCAAGAAACUUCUGGCUGAUUCGUUCCCGGCGAGUGGGAAGAACUUCCAGGAGGCGCAGACCAAUCUGAACCAGGCUGCUGUCAACCUGAACCAGUCCGCCAACGAGCUGGUGCAGGCCUCCCGCGGCACCACCCAGGACCUGGCCCGGGCCACCGGCAAGUUCGGCAAAGGCUUCAGCGAGUUCCUGGAGGCUGGCGUCGACAUGGCCGGCCAGUCGCAGUCCAAGGAAGACCAGGCUCAAGUCGUCACCAAUCUCAAGACCAUCUCCAUGUCAUCCAGCAAACUCCUCCUGGCAGCCAAGGCCUUGUCCACUGACCCCAAUGCCCCCAACCUGAAGAACCAGUUGGCGGCCGCAGCUCGCGCCGUCACCGACAGCAUCAACCAGCUCAUCACCAUGUGCACUCAGCAAGCCCCCGGGCAGAAGGAGUGCGACAACGCGCUCCGGGAGCUGGAGACUGUCAGAGGGAUGCUGGAGAACCCAACUGAGGCAGUCAACGACAUGUCCUACUUCGACUGCAUCGACAGCGUCAUGGAGAAUUCCAAGGUGUUGGGCGAAGCCAUGGCAGGAAUUUCCCACAAUGCCAAGGGCAGCAACCUGCCAGAGUUUGGGGACUCAGUCAGUUCUGCUUCCAAAGCCCUGUGUGGGCUCACUGAAGCCGCUUCUCAGGCCGCCUACUUGGUUGGCGUCUCGGACCCCAACAGCCACGCGGGCCAGAAGGGGCUGGUGGAUCCAGCCCAGUUCGCCCGAGCCAACCAGGCCAUUCAGAUGGCCUGCCAGAACCUGGUGGACCCGGCCUGUACGCAGUCACAGGUUCUUUCCGCCGCCACUAUUGUUGCCAAACACACAUCGGCCCUCUGCAAUGCCUGCCGCCUUGCCUCCUCGAAAACAUCCAAUCCUGUUGCUAAGCGACAGUUUGUCCAGUCCGCCAAGGAGGUGGCUAACAGCACGGCUAAUCUCGUGAAGUCUAUCAAGGCCCUGGAUGGAGCAUUUAACCAGGAGAAUCGCGAGAAGUGCAGGGCGGCCACGGGGCCCCUGAUCGAGGCGGUGGACAACCUUACUGCCUUCGCCUCUAACCCCGAGUUCGCAAGCAUCCCUGCCCAGAUAAGUCCAGAGGGUCUGACGGCGAUGGAGCCCAUCCUGCACGCAGCUCAGACCAUGCUGGAGAGCUCCACGGGCCUGAUCCAGACCGCCCGCUCCUUGGCGGUCAACCCCAAAGACCCGCCCAAGUGGUCCGUGCUGGCGGGCCACUCCAGAACUGUGUCGGACUCCAUAAAGAAGCUCAUAACCAACAUGAGAGAUAAGGCUCCUGGGCAGAGGGAGUGCGACGAGGCCAUUGAGGUCCUCAACAACUGUAUCCGUGAUGUGGACCAGGCGUCUCUGGCUGCCAUCAGCCAACAGCUCACUCCAAGAGAAGACAUUUCUCAGGAGGCACUCCACGAGCAGAUGGCAGCUUCCGUGCAUGAGAUCAGCAAUCUGAUCGAACCUGUGGCUGUCGCUGCUCGCUCAGAAGCCUCGCAACUGGGACACAAGGUGUCCCAGAUGGUCAGCUACUUCGAGGCGCUCGUCAUGUCCUCUGUCGGCAUGGCCUCUAAGAUCCUGAACAGCCAGCAGCAGAUGAACGUGCUGGACCAGACCAAGACCCUGACUGAGUCUGCGCUGCAGAUGCUCUACACGGCCAAAGAAGCCGGAGGCAACCCUAAGGCAGCCCACACCCAAGAAGCCCUGGACGAGUCAGUGCAGAUGAUGAAAGAGGCCGUGGACGACCUGGCCGCCACCCUCGGCGAGGCCGCAAGUGCUGCAGGGGCAGUCGGCGGUAUGGUGGAUUCCAUCACGAAGGCCAUGAACAAGAUGGAGGAUGGACCGGCAGAUGAACCAGAGGGUGCCUUUGUGGACUACCAGACCACCAUGGUGAAGACAGCUAAGGCCAUUGCAGUUACUGUCCAGGAGAUGGUGACCAAGUCCAACGCCAAUCCUAAUGAACUCGGAGGCCUGGCAAACCAGCUGACGAACGAAUUCGGAGAGCUUGCUAGCGAAGCGAAAUGCGCAGCCAUCACGGCUGAGAGUGACGAGAUCGGCUCGAACAUCAAGAAACAGGUCCAGGAGCUGGGCUUUGGCUGCACUAGCCUGGUGACUAAGGCUGGAGCCUUGCAGUGCAGCCCCAACGACUCCUUCACCAAGAAGGAGCUCAUUGAGAGUGCCCGCAAGGUCUCGGAGAAGGUGUCACAUGUGCUCGCUGCACUGCAGGCCGGUAACCGCGGCACCCAAGCCUGCAUCACAGCAGCCAGCGCCGUUUCUGGCAUUAUCGCCGACCUGGAUACCACCAUCAUGUUCGCCACUGCAGGCACCUUGAACAGGGAGAACGCAGAGACCUUCGCUGACCACAGGGAGAACAUCCUGAAGACCGCCAAGGCCUUGGUGGACAACACCAAGCAGCUGGUAUCCGGGGCUGGGGCAGGUCAGGAGAAGCUGGCACAGGCGGCUCAGUCAUCCGUUAUGACCAUCACCAAUCUGGCGGAUGUAGUGAAACUAGGAGCAGCGAGCCUGGGGGCCGAGGACCCCGAGACACAGGUGGUCCUCAUCAACGCCGUGAAGGACGUGGCCAAGGCCCUCGGCGACCUCAUUAGCGCCACCAAGGCCGCAGCAGGCAAACCUCACGAUGACCCCGCCAUGCUGCAGCUCAAGAGCUCUGCUAAGGUGAUGGUGACCAACGUGACCUCGCUCCUGAAGACCGUGAAGGCCGUGGAAGAUGAAGCCACUAAAGGGACGCGAGCCCUGGAGGCCACGAUCGAGCACAUCAAGCAGGAGCUGACCGUUUUCAGCAGUGCUGACCCGCCCCCAAAGACAGCCACCCCGGAAGAGUUCAUCCGCAUGACCAAGGGCAUCACCUUGGCGACGGCCAAAGCAGUGGCUGCUGGGAACUCUUGCCGCCAGGAGGACAUCAUCGCCACGGCCAAUUUGAGCCGGAGAGCGAUCGCCGACAUGCUGCACUCCUGCAAGCAAGCUGCCUACCAUCCCGACGUUGGCAUGGAGGUGCAGAUGCGUGCCCUGCGCUUCGGAAAGGAGUGUGCCAGCGGCUACCUUGGCCUUCUGGAGCAUGUGCUGGUGAUCAUCCAGAAGCCUUCCCACGACCUGAAGCAGCAGUUAGCGGCCUACUCCAAACGCGUGGCGGGCUCUGUCACCGAGCUCAUUCAGGCUGCGGAAGCCAUGAAGGGGACGGAGUGGGUGGACCCCGAGGAUCCCACAGUCAUCGCCGAGAACGAGCUGCUGGGGGCGGCAGCCGCCAUCGAGGCUGCCGCCAAGAAGCUGGAGCAGCUGAGGCCCAGAACCAAACCCAAGGAAGCGGACGAGAGCCUAAACUUCGAGGAACAGAUUCUGGAAGCUGCCAAGUCCAUCGCCGCGGCGACCAGCGCCCUGGUGAAGGCUGCCUCGGCUGCCCAAAGGGAGCUGGUGGCCCAGGGCAAAGUGGGCGCGAUUCCUGCCAACGCCGUGGAUGAUGGACAGUGGUCCCAGGGCCUUAUCUCUGCUGCUCGAAUGGUCGCCGCGGCAACCAACAACCUGUGCGAGGCGGCGAACUCGGCAGUGCAGGGCCAUGCCAGCGAGGAGAAGCUCAUCUCCUCGGCCAAGCAGGUGGCCGCUUCCACCGCCCAGCUGCUGGUGGCCUGCAAGGUCAAGGCCGACCAGGACUCCCAGACCAUGAAGAGGCUUCAGGCCGCUGGAAACGCUGUCAAGCGAGCCUCAGACAACCUAGUGAAGGCAGCGCAGAAAGCGGCCUUCGAUGUCCACGACGACCAGGAUGUCGUGGUCAAGAACAAGAUGGUUGGUGGCAUCGCUCAGAUCAUCGCGGCUCAGGAGGAGAUGCUACGCAAAGAGAGGGAGCUGGACGAGGCCCGCAAGAAGCUGGCCAUGAUCCGGCAGCAGCAGUACAAAUUCCUCCCGUCAGAGCUGCGGGAAGAUAGGCAAGACCAGUGAGGCGUGCCGACCCGGCAAGGGACCCUCGCGAGGUGGGGGCGAGUCAAGGCUCGCGGCUGAGUAACUGAUCGGCUGCUUAUCCAGGCAGCGACAUCAUGGUAUUAUGCUUAUGGAAGCAAUAUGGCUAUGCGAUCAAAGAAAACAUGUUCGUAAAAGAGAUAUAUCGAGUUUUCUGUUUUUUAUUUUUUUUUUUCUGUUCAUCACACAUAAAAAGCUUCAAGGUGCCACUUGUUUGUUUGAAUGAUGUAUGCAGAUUUGUCGAGAAACUGUGUUUUUAUUACUUCUAUGUGGUUAACUUGGUGAUUAACUGUAGGUUAGCAUCCGCUCGCUCAGUCAGCGACCGUGGCUAUAGCUUUAUUGAAAAACGAAAACAGAACAUAAAAAAACAUCAAUGCAAAUUCGUGUUUCAGCUUCAAAAUGCAUUUCGGUGAGCACAAAACAUACACCUUCGCCAGGGUCUGUUUUUGCUGUCGCGUAAUUAUUUGGAAAUUUCAGUUGUCCCAAUGAUGACUCGAGGGUAAGACUUUAACUCUUAUUUCACUGAGUAAUCAGACAACAGUCUUCAUCGUAAGAACUUAAUUUUCAAGCUGUGCAGAACCUUCAGACCCUCUGGAAGGUUCUGCAGAGAGCACCUUUCGACCGGAGCAGCAGGGCGAAACUUUACAUACCCUCAUCCAGGAAAUUCAGGGUGCAGCUGUUGCAGUUUGGACCAGAAGUGCAAUGAUUGAUUUUUGCGUUGAUACAAUUCAAGAAGGCAUACAUAUCAUUUUUUUUAAAGCAAUGAAAUGUUACAAAUGAUAUCUUCUAUUAAAUUUAUAUAUUAAUAAAGUGUCUGAGGUUUUUUUUCCAAAGGGUCUGCUUUUAGAGCGAUGUAUAUUAACACUCAGUAUAUCUUGGUAGUUUUCCUGAGUUUUAUUAAAAUUUAUAAAUUGCAUUUUUAUGGCUAAUGCUCAAAGGUCAUGCUCUGCCCCGCUCCCCCACCGGUGUUUGUGCUACUCGCUGAUAUGUGCCUAAAUUCCACAGAUAUGGAUAUUAUACAUCGAUAUUAAUAUUAUAGGUACAGAUAAACAAUUUCAGCAUUUGAAAUUGAAUCGACAGUUUAUCAAUGUGAUCUGAUAAAUAUUUCUAUGAUAAAUAAUAUAUUUUAUUUGUCCAGUGUUACCUGUAUAUGAUCAAAGGCCUUUAUCGUACCUUCCUGUCCAGUCGGAUUGCCACUGCAUCAGAAAAGUGCCUGUGUAUGUAUUUUAUAUUGUAUUGUGUUUGUGAUGGUUAACCUUUCCCUGUCUCCAAGUGCACUUAUCAGAUUCUUCAGUUUCUAAAGUCAUGGAAGUCCACUUUUCAAAGUUAUGUCUUUUUCUCUCUCUCCUUUUCGAUCAUUAUCUUUACUGAGAGUUUGUAUAAGCUUUGGUCCAUACAAACAGACUUGACAGACCUGAGGUUCAGACAAUCUGUUGGUCAGGAGCAUCUGGCUGGCCAAACAUACUAUUUUGGAUUCUGUGUUAUUUUUUUCCAUUUUGCAUUUUAAUUUUGAUACUCUAUCAAUCAAUUAACAGUGCUUUUGGGGGGGACCCGUCUUUAUGUAAAGAACAGUUAUGUUUGGAAGCAUUUUCAUUUAAUAAAGCUGGUUUAUAAAGAAA